CAACAUCAACGUCCUGGGACAAUGCCCCUCUACUUUUGUUCCACUCUCUCUAUUCUUUACCUGUCUAGAAACAAGCAUGUCUAGGAGUUCUGGCUUUCUUCUUUCGUUGCUUACCCUUUGAUUCCAGUAAUAGACAUAUUCGCGCCUCUUGAACCUAUUUGUUAUCAUUUAAAGACAAAUUAGGCUCUUACAGUGCUAUCGGCGCUCCAUACCUGAUAUUAUUGUCCUUAUCCAUUACCGGCGUUAACGUGAUCAGAACAGACUGCUGGGCAGUGCUGCAGCCUAUUCGACCCUAUAUAUUUUGCGCUGUCAAUUAUUAUCAUUAUCUUCUUACUCUUUCCUAUCUUCCUUUUGAGGAUACAUCAUUUCUUUCCCUCUUCUGAGCUUCUCUGCCUAGGCUACCAAUUUUUAAGCCAACCAGCCGCAAUGUCGAACCUGUCGCCGACCCCUCCAACACCAAAAGGCCCUCGAAACAACCGGCGCAACCCGAAACGAAAUGCGACGCCGACUACACAAAGGGCUACUCUGUUAACGACUCCUCCCUCGUCCCCUCCGAGGAACAUGAGCCCAGGAGGAACAGCCACUGAUUCCUCUGCCAACCUAUCGAAGAAGAAGAGUGGCCGGUCCAACAAGAAGCCACGAGAUUUAUCUAAGAUUUCACCGGCGCAGAGGAACGGCCACCGCCACACAUAUUCGCAUUCUAACAAUGUCACCACGCCUCAGCUGAAAGAUAGCCCUCACUAUGCCGGCCCGACAUUCCAUGCCUCCCCAGCUCCCUCCUCCCUUCCAAUCCCGAGCUUUUUCUCAAAGUCAAUACCGGGUCCCGAUCUUGCCCCGGCAAUGGAAGCAGAUGGCGACAAAUACGACGUUGGACCGGAAUAUGAGGCGACCCCCUCAAAGCUGAGGCCACGCCCUCAGUUCCAAACCGAAGAACCGCAGUCAACACCCUUAGAUUUUCUUUUUAAAGCUGCGGUUGAAGCUAGAAAUUCUCAGCCUCAGUGUAGUCCCGAGACAAACAUCAGUAUUCGCUCCCCACAGACGGACUCCAAGACGCUGCCGCUACGCAAAUUCAAUGGCUCUACAGAAGGGUUAUUGCCGUUGGGGGUAGACUAUCCGGUGCCCCAUAAGUCGGAGAUAGGACCCGCAUUUGCUACAUCUUACAAAGAUCGCAUGAAUGCAUUGCGAUCCGCCAGUUCUCCCUCUCAGUCCGUGGUAGAACUUGAUGAGGGCCAACGAAGAGCCAAAACUGAGGCCCUGAAGGAUCUGUUACUCAAUCCACGUCCUCAAAGGCCCUCGUAUGUGUCAAAAUCAUCAUCUAGUCAAACUAACGGUGUCAACGAGCAGCCUACCCCCAUUUGCAGUGUGCCUCAUUUUGCAACUGCACUCAGAACAGCCUCUGGCCCGUCAGCAACUCUUUAUAACAACGUGCUCCCCGGGCAGAAUCAGUCAACGGUUGGAGAUGGAUGGCAGUCGCCAUUUUCCAAUGCAUACAUUACCAACCCUCAGCCUUAUCAAGAUCAAACCUCGACCUCAAACAAAGGAGCUCUUUCAUCAAUCCCAGGGAACACCGUAAACGUCUCAGGAGAGACGUACUCUUCCCCGGUGUACAAUCAGACUAAAUUCGCCAUCGAUCCUAUACAGGAUCCAAAUUAUCCGCCAGUUCACCAGUCACCUACAUCGCGAGUCUCAAACACGUCCACCAAAGCUCUUGACACUAAGAAAAUGGAAGACGAUCUGCGGAGGAUUCUGAAGCUUGAUGUGAACCCAGGCCUGCCGUCCAGCGGUAUUCAGAGUUCAUAUGCGUAAUGCCACCUUCCUUUUUUUUGCUUUCCUCGUUUAUGCUUUCUGGCAUUCUGCAUGACAUUUGUGCAUAACAAUCGAUGCUCCGUUUUUCAAGUUUCAUUCCCAUGCCGAAUGAUAUCUUGUCUUGAAUAUUGGGUUUCUUUCGUCUAGUCUAAUGUUUCCCGUGGCAGUCUCUCAUCAUUUAUGACCAAGAUUCUCCGUGUUCUUCGCGCGGUUCAUGCUGGUAGUGGUCAUUGCUGUAAUUGAUAGGUUGAUGGGUUCAUUGGUCCUUCAGCGAGACGUUUUAUACCCUUCGUUGCAUCAAAUGCGGAGUCCGGUUGCCUUUUUGGUGGACAAUCUCGGAGUGUGUUGGUUUGGAGUAUUGUUUGGAUGACUGAUCAGGGACUCCUGAUGUCACUCGUUUUGCCGUCUUUAAUCUCUCUCUCUCUCUCUCUUUUUUUUUUCUUUUUCCCCUUGUGCUUCUGAUGCCACACUUGUCUUUUAUCACAUUUACGAUGUCUAGUCAAGGGAUGGCUUUCUCGGCUUAAGCCUUCGUCCAUUAUAUUAUUUGGGUUUCUGUUUCCCCGAUCUUGCGGUUAUAUCUCAGUCUCCAUGUUUAUAUGACGCAUCUACUCUCGUUCUGAGCACCUAUGCAUUUACUACCACGAAACUAUCCGAACUCCUAAUAUAUCUCGCUAUUUAGAUCAUUAAA